AUGCGUUUUCACAUUCUUGGAACCGGCGCCAUCGCCUCGCAAUUACGUCCGCAUCAUGAACAUUGGCACGACUUUGAAAGUCGCAAAAGAACCAUUAAAUAUGAACGUUCAGGAAAAACCACCCUGGUGCCUGACUUUGAAGCGACUGUCGCUGAAGAUAUUGGCGCCACAUCCGAUAUUGACGCUCUUGUAGUGUCAACAAAGGCGCAUCAUACCGUCGACGCCUUGCGCCCUAUUGUUCCUCGUUUGAAAGAAAGUAGCACCAUCAUUUUAUUGCAAAAUGGUAUGGGAACAGCCGAAAAAGUAAUUCACACGCUGUGGCCGAAAACAUCUCCGCGGAUCAUGCUCGGAGUCAAUCGACAUGCGGUGCACAGAAAGGCACCGUUUGAGAUUGCCCAUUAUUCUGGCUGGAAUGAUCAUGAAGCACUUGUUCUCGGAUACUACCCUACGAGCAACAAGCAAACAUCAAGCGAAGUAGAAAACUCUUUUACCUCGAUUCCUGAUCUUAGCGCGGCUGUCUAUCCCUGGGAGGAAAUUCAAAGACGAAUGCUGAAAAAAUUGAUCAUCAAUGCCAGUAUCAAUCCUGUGGCCACUCUUUUGGAUGCGAAAAAUGGCGCUUUGAUAUACGAUAAUCCAUUUGCUGAAUCUUUAAUGCGUAAAUUAUGCCAAGAAGCCACCAUGGUUUUCGGAAAGGAUUUGCCCGGGGAAACGUUUGAAUCUCUCUUCGACUCGGUCUGCAGCAUCAGCCGAUUGGCCGCUGAAAACGUCUGUUCUACCCUUCAGGACAUCCGCGCCGGACGCCUUACUGAGGUGGAUUAUAUUAACGGAUACAUUUGCAAGCGCGGUCAAGAACGGGGCAUACCGACUCCCACCCAUCAAGCUUUCGUCGAAUUGGUCCAUGCCAAAGAAUGUGUGCUUGGUUUAUAA